GGGGUGGGGUGGGAGCAAUGUUUUGUGAGGAGAGCCAGAAAAAUAAGUAAAUGAAAGAAAAAAUAUCACUGACAAAUGCUUUGUAAAGAAUUAAGAUAGGGUGAUGUAAUAACGAUUGGUUUGCUGCUUUAGACAAGAUUCCUAGAAGUCUUUCUGAGAAGGUAACAUUUAAACAGACCUGAGUGAUGAGGAAAGCUGUAGGGGGAAAAUAAUUCCAGGUCUGGGAAAGAGCAAAGGCAGAGACCCUAAGGUUGGGAAGGCUUAUGAAUAAGGGACCUGCAAGAAAGUCAGUGUUGCUAGUGCACGGAGGGCUAAGUGAAAGGGGUGCCAGAGCCAGACAGAGCCAGUCUGGUUAGGUAUUAUUCAAGGAUGAAACUUUUGGGAUUUACUCUUAGAACCAUAGCACACCUUUGGAGGAGUUACAGCAGAGAAUGAGUUGAUUGAAUUUACAUUUAAAAAUGAUCACUCUUGAAGGCUUUAGAAGAGAUUGGAUUGCAGUGUGAGAGCAAAGGCCGGGAGACUGUAAUGGUGGUGUAUGUGGGAGGGAUGGCAGGUUGACCCUAGAAUAGUUGUAAUAGAGAUUGAGUUACAGAUUCGGCAUCUAUUUUGGACUAAAUGUGAGCAGUGAAGGAAAGAGAAGAAUCAAAGUUAAUUCUUAGAUUUUUGGCUUUCUGGAGCUGGUUAUUGAGAUGGGAAGGCUAAGUUGGGAGAAGUGAAGAUUUUGCUUUUGGCAUUGCCAACUUUAAGAUGCCUAAUUAGACAGCCAAGACAGAUGUAAGAAAAUGGGCAGUAAUACUGCAGGUACAGUGAAUUUGUGAUUGAUUAUGCAACCUGAAACACCUUUGAAAGUGCAACAGGGCUGUGAUGGGAUUUAGUAAAACCCAACUACUAUACUAAAGCAGGGACAACAGAGGCAAAUUGGGACUUUCUUGGCAAACCAGAAGGUAUGAUAUGUAGGAAUCUAGUUCCAGGGAAGGAUUUCAGGAUUGGUGAUAUCGGAUGUUUAAAGUAAUGCUAAGAAGUCAAGUGAGAUAAGAACAGAGAGGAGGUCUGUUCUUCAAAAUCCAGAGCAACAUAAGGGGGAUUGGGUGAUAAUAAAAAUAUAAGACAAUAUCAGCAAGGUUAGGGGGUGCCAGCCAGAUAGGAGUGGACUCCUAUGAGGUUAGUGGACUGCCAGCCAGUAGGAGGUAAGGAAUUAGACAUAAAAGCUAUAGACGCCCUUUUAAAGAGGUUUUGUUGUGGAGAGGGAUGUAGGUGAAAAAUACAGCUCUUUUGGAGACGGUUGAGUCCCAUUUAAGACUAUAAAGGAAUUCCAGUGGAAGUCCUUGGUUUAUUUGAGGCUGUAACUUGCAUCCAAGUCAAUACUGCACAUGUGGAAGAAGAAAUAAUGUUUCCGUGAGUGAAAAUAAGGGGACAUGUAAUUUUGGAUCAAAGUUUCUGUUGCUCUUAUUUGAAUAAUCUGUAUUUGAUUUUGAACAUCCUAAAAAAAAUUGAAUUGUCACGAAGAUGACCUUUGAUUUGAAAAAGGGCUGACUAUAAAAUCUAGCCUUUCAGAUGCUCCUCCAUUCACGUUAGGGCUAUAGUCUCCCAGACUGGUAAAGGGGGUAAAGCCAUGUAAGUCAAGUUUCAGCUUCCAUUGUCUGUAUUGGGGUUUUUAUGAUGAGAAAUGGUGUUUGCCUUGAACCAACUGGGAGAAGUCUUAGCCUCUGCAGGAAAUAUGCCUGUUUCCUUUCCCUGUUUACAAAAUUAAAUACCUGAUCUUUUCUCUGAAUUUUAUUUGUAUUUACCCAGCUUUCUUCAGAUUGUCAUCUUACAAGUAAUUUUAAGAUUUUUCUUAAAUAUUCUAUAUAUGUUUCUUGGCACUGGCACCUAAAGAUUAAAUUAUCUAGUGAGAUGUUGCUUAAAAAUUUAAGAGAAAUUGUGUAUGUUGAGAAUUGGUAAGAAUUUAUAAUAUUAUAAAAAACAGAUAAAAAUAUUGAAUUCUCUAGUUUUUAAACUGCUAAAUAAGGAGCUACUUUUUAUAACUACUGUGUAAGACACCUUCCCUUUAGAAAAAGGACCUGUGAAAACGUUACAUGAUCAUUCCCGGAAUGAUGUUGAAAGACCGGUAAAUUCCUCCUUUUACAUAUUUGCCAGAGGUAAGAAGUGCCUGGCACUUAACACACAUGAUAAACAGUAGAGUCAGUAAUAGAACAGGACAGUUGGUUUAGCAUUUUCGAAGAGUAAAUAGCCAAAGGGACAGUACCAUUUCAUGGAGAUUUUAUGCAAGAAUUGAGAAAACCAAAAGCCAAGGCACCACUUCCUCCAGCUGAGACCAAAUACCUUGAUGCCUCUUCAGUUGAUGAUACUGUAGACUCCUCUGCUUGCAUCAUGGAACAGAAAGAAAACAUGAUAGAUAAAGACAUUGAACUCUCAGUGGUGCUACCUGGAGAUAUUAUCAAAUCCACUACUGUUCAUGGCAGUAAACCUAUGAUGGACUUGUUGAUAUUCCUCUGUGCACAGUAUCACUUAAACCCAUCAAGUUACACAAUUGAUCUGCAGUCAGCUGAAAAUAACCCCAUUAAAUUUAAGCCAAACACACCAAUAGGAAUGUUGGAGGUGGAGAAAGUCAUUUUAAAGCCAAAAGUUUUGGAUAAGAAAAAACCUACACCUAUAAUACCAGAGAAAACUGUGAGAGUCGUGAUCAAUUUUAAGAAAACGCAGAAGACAAUAGUGAGAGUUAGCCCACAUGCACCACUUCAAGAACUUGCCCCCAUUAUAUGCAGCAAAUGUGAGUUUGAUCCACUGCAUACACUGUUGUUGAAGGAUUAUCAAUCUCAGGAGCCCCUUGAUUUGACAAAAUCUCUUAAUGACCUGGGACUAAGAGAAUUAUAUGCCAUGGAUGUCAGCAGAGCCACUUCUGUUACUGCCUCCAAUAAGUCAUCUUUACAAGAAUCCUGCCAAAUAUCACAAAACCUAGACAUUAUGAAGGAGAAAGACAAUAAAGGUUUUUUCAGCUUUUUUCAACGCAGUAAGAAAAAGCGGGAACAGACUGCAAGUGCUCCUGCAACUCCUCUAGUAAGUAAGCAUCGCCCGGCUUUUACUAGGUCCAACACCAUUUCCAAACCAUACAUUUCAAACACCCUGCCAUCGGAUGCGCCCAAGAAGAGGCGGGCUCCACUGCCUCCAAUGCCAGGGUCUCAGAGUGCCCCGCAGGACCUUGCUCACAUCCAGGAGAGGCCAGCUUCUUGUGUAGUGAAAUCCUUGAGUGUGGAUGAAACAGAUAAGAAUUCCUGUGGAGCAGGCAUAGUGAGGACCGGCUCGCUGCAGCUCAGUGGUACAUCUGUUGGCAACUCAUCUUUGAAAAGGACAAAGCGAAAAGCACCUUCCCCACCCUCCAAAAUGCCCCUGCCUCUAAGUGAUGAAGAUAAUCAUGUGACUGUCCUGCAGGCGGGACGUGCAGUUCCUACAGACAGUGCUAUGGAAGCCAGCUGUCCCGAGGGGCCGUCCAACCCAGAUUUUACUUCUUUGGCAGAAGCCUCCCGUGGCCCUGGGCUCCCCAGUCACGAACAGUGCACUGUGCCCAGAUCGCCGGAUGAAGCCUCUCUCUCGGAGUGCCCUGGAACACCCGAGGCGGCCGUAGCAUCUCUGACACCUGGAAUAAGCUCUGAUCAUAGCCUUGAAGAGAUAGAUGAAAAGGAAGAACUGAGUGAAGUGCCUAAAGUUGUGGCUGAAAAUGUUUCUGUGAAGUCACAAGAUAUUCCUUUUGGAUCUACUGAGAUAAUAAAUACACUGAAAAACGAUCCUAACUCCGCCCUUGGCAAUGUUACUGGAGAGUCCGCACAAAACUCCAAAGAAGAAAAACAAGAAGCUAGAAACACAGAUGGACAAGGGCCACGCAUUAUGGUAUAUAAUGCAAGCAAUGAAGAGAGAGUAGUGGACAGUGUAAGAAACUUGAAGUCAUUGGGCUCAAACCAGGAAAAUGUAGAUCAAAAUGAAAUAAUUGUCAUUCCAACGGACACAGAAAAGAAUAUGAAAAAUGGAGUGAGGAUAACAGAAAUCAAUGUGGGAGGUGUUGCCAAAGAUAACAGUGUGGACAUGGGAGCUGACAGACUAUCAAACUAUCAGGCACAUAAAACUGAUACGGCUGAAAGUUGCAAGGAAAAUCAUCUAGCUCCAUCAUUAGUAGCAGGCCAAAAACUGAAUCAACCCUGUGAGGAAAAGACAAAAAUGCAAGAUGCGGCGAUUCAGACAAACCCUUCCUCUGACAGUUUUGAGGGGAAUCACCAAGGUCAUCAUUUGUCUAAUUUCAAAGUUAAUGAAAGUGUGCAAACUCCAAGUAACGAUAAAUCAACUCAACCCUCAUCUCUAAGUCCCCAAGAUUCUGCUGUAGAUGCCUCAAGGAAAUUCAGGAGUCAGGGCCCCCUAAACGUACAUUCAGAGAAUCAACUCACCAUAAAAGAUCCAGUUUAUGCACGUGGUAAUGAUGGCCUUUUGCCUUCUGUAGAUGGGAUUGAUAAAAACUCAACUAUUUCAAAGAAUUAUCCACUUUAUAGACAAGACUAUGAUCCCAAGCCAAAACCUUCAAAUGAAAUCACAAGAGAGUACAUACCCAAAAUUGGAAUGACUACUUAUAAAAUAGUGCCUCCCAAGACACUGGAGAUACUGAAAAAUUCGGAAUCAGAAACCACUGGGUAUAAAGAUGAUCACGAGAUCCAUACUUUAGGAAAAAAGCACACUGGUGAAAAUGUGAAAGAAACUGCAAUCCAAACAGAAGAUCUUGUUAUUUCCGACAACCCAAAGGAGCCACAGGCAGACCUUAAACUACAGCCGAGCCCAAGAACAGAGCAUCAGCUCCAUGGUGUGGAGAACUCACCCUGCAUUGCCAUGGGGAGUCCUCUGAAACCUACUCCCAGAAUGACAAGGGACACUGGCACAGCUCCUUUCGUGCCAAAUUUGGAAGAUAUAAACAAUAUUUUGGAGUCAAAACUUAAAUCUCGGGUUUCAAAUCCCCAGACCAAACCAAGUUCUUUUUUCCUACAGAUGCAAAAAAGAGUUUCAGGUCACUAUGUGACAUCUGCAGCUGCCAAAGGUGUCCAUGUGGCCCCUAACCCUACUCCGAAAGAACUAAUAAAGAAAGAGGGGGAAAGGGAAGUGAUACCUCCUCCAGAACAAACUCUUUCUCCUUUAAGUAAAACAACUCCAUCUCCUCCACAGCCCCAGAUUAAAAAUGCUGAUGAUAACAUCAGCAACCAGAAGCCUACUGAAACCCCUCCACCUCCCAUAGCCCCGAGACCUGUUCCUCUUCCUGCGAAUCAAUUAGCUGCACUAAAUCUGAAGACUUUGAAAACUUUUGGUGCACCGAGACCUUACUCGAGCUCUGCUCCCUCACCCUUUGCCCUCGCUGUAGUGAAACGGUCACAGUCUCUCAGCAAAGUGCGCACAGUGUCAUGCAGUGAGGGUGCAGCUGCCCGACCUCCACCUGACACAGAAGAAGGGAAGGCUCCUUCUGUAAAUAAAUUUGUGGGCAUCCCACAACUACUUGUGAGUGAUAAGGGAAAUAACUCUGCACAUAAUGAACAGAAUUCCCAAAUAGCAUCUCCAACUGACUGCCCAUCAUUCAUUCUUAAGAGACAAAGUUCUUUAACAUUCCAAAGCUCUGACCCAGAACAGAUCCGACAGAGUUUGCUCACUGCAAUCCGUUCUGGAGAGGCUGCUGCCAAAUUGAAAAGGGUUACUGUUCCAUCAAAUACAAUAUCUGUGAAUGGAAGGUCAAGACUCAGCCAUUCCAUGUCCCCUGAUGCCCAGGAUGGCCAUUAAAUGUGCCCUGUCACAAUGCACUUCACCACCUCUGUUUCACAGAACAAUGUCAUGCUGAUGGAGAAUGUUGGCCAAUGUAUAUCCAGAUGUACACUAAUAUAUUGUCUAUUAAAAUGUAAGAAUUUGUGCUGUGGCUUUUAAUGCCAAAAGAAGAAUUACAGAAUUUAUAAGUUAUAAUAUUUUGGGCCUUUUUUUUUUUUUUUUUUUUGCCUUAAAAGCUGACUAUGCUGCUUUAGAACUUUAAGACAAGGUGUUAAUGACUUUCAUUUUUCUCAAAUGAGACUUCGUCACCUUUUGUGGAUUUCACUUACUGACACAUUCUCUACAAUGGUGACUUAGACAAAAGAAUAAAUUAAGAUUCAUAGACUUGUAUUUGUGUGACACAUAAAAAGGUAGGCAAAUGUAGAUCUGACAUUUGCUGCCUCAAUGUUACAGUUUAAUUGGAAUUGUUUAUAAGUUAUAUUAAAGUGUAUUUUGGCUGAAAGUAUGAUCUAGAGAUCUAAGAAUAUCAAAUAAGUAUAUUUGGUUCGACAGUUCAUUUAAAUGAUGAAUCACUUAGUGUGCAAGCCUUAUCUUGUGUGUUCUUUAUGUAAUUACAAAAUCAAUGUCAAAUUUAUGGGAAGCUUAUAAUAUUUUAAUAUUUUAUUAACAUGGAACAUUUGUUUUUUUAAUCUUUAGAACUUAAAUUGCACAAGGAACAUUUUAAAUAUUUUUUUUGUAUAUAAUCAUGACAUUGUUGUCACACAGAUAUUAUAUAUUUUAUGUGCCAGAAGCCUUAGAAAUCUUAUGAAAAUGUUGGUCUAUAUUGACAGUUAUUUCACAUUUGAUAUGUAGUGAGGAAUAGGGGUUAGUAUAUGUCCAUAUUGGAGAACUUCAAAGACUACUUGGAGGUUCCAGAAAUCUUUGUUUUAAUUAAAAUAAAAUGAUAAAGUCAUUAUGUAGUUCAGAUGCUAAUAUUCUAAAUAAUAUAUAUAUAUACAUUAAAGCUAAAACUAUUAAGCCAAACAAUGCCUAAUUUGUUGGCUUAUAACUGUAUUGGGGUCUAGAGCUCAUUCACGUUCUAGUCCUACUUUAAGAAUCUAAUUGCUCAUUUAUUCUCAAAGCUUUGUCAAACACGUUGAUGUUAAGUUGGUUUUCACUAAAUUAGCUCUUGGGAUGUCUGCCUCUUUGGACGAUAUGUUGAUUUUUUCAAUGUUUAAUAAAAGCAAGUUAUAUGUUU